AUGUCAGAAGUUAUCACAAUUACUAAACGGAAUGGUGCCUUCCAAAAUUCAUCUAAUUUAUCAUAUAACAACACAGGAAUAUCAGAUGACGAGGAUGAUGAACAAGAUGUAUACUUGCCGGAUGUAAACUCAUCUUCUAGAGACCAGUCUGAUUCUCAAAUAGUAACACCAGGUGAAUUGGUUACUGAUGACCCCAUCUGGAUGAGGGGUCACGGUACUUAUUUCCUUGAUAAUAUGACUUACUCGUCCGUUGCCGGUAUGGUAUCCCGUGUCAAUAGACUGCUGUCAGUUAUUCCAUUGAAAGGUCGUUAUGCCCCAGAAACUGGAGACCACAUUGUGGGAAGGAUUGCUGAAGUGGGUAAUAAGAGAUGGAAAGUAGACAUUGGUGGUAAGCAACACGCAGUGCUUAUGUUGGGUUCCGUUAAUUUACCAGGUGGUAUUUUAAGAAGAAAAUCCGAAACUGACGAACUGCAGAUGAGAAGCUUCCUUAAAGAAGGAGAUCUUCUGAACGCAGAAGUACAGUCAUUAUUCCAAGAUGGUAGUGCUUCGUUACAUACAAGGUCUCUAAAAUACGGAAAGCUAAGAAACGGAAUGUUUUGCCAGGUUCCAAGCUCGUUAAUUGUUAGAGCCAAAAAUCAUACCCAUAAUUUACCUGGUAACAUAACUGUGGUUCUUGGAGUAAAUGGUUACAUAUGGUUACGGAAAACAUCUCAGAUGGACCUAGCAAGGGACACGCCCGCUGCCAACAACAAUGCCUCGAGUAAAUCACCUGGGCCCACUGGUGCGGUAUCAUUAAAUCCCUCCAUAACAAGACUAGAAGAAGAAUCUUCAUGGCAAAUAUACUCAGACGAAAACGACUCCUCGAUAUCAAACAGUAUACGACAAACAAUUUGUCGAUAUGCAAACGUGAUCAAAGCAUUGGCGUUCUGCGAAAUUGGCAUUACUCAACAACGUAUAGUGAGCGCUUACGAAGCUAGUAUGGUGUAUCCCAAUAUAGGUGAGCUGAUUGAGAAAAACGUGAUGGAAUCCAUUGGCAAUGAUAUCCUAACCGCCGAGAAAAUGAGAGGUAAUGGUAACCAAUAA